ACUUUUAGUGCAGGUAUUUCGUACUCUCUCUCAAAUAAUUUUUUUUUAUUUCGAUAUCUUCCACUGCGAUCUUCUUGCUAUUUACCAACCCACCACUCUGCACGUUUCUUUACAGGGCGAGCCAACGCAAGGAACCCUGCAUAAGUCGCAAUGUCUGCCAAUCAGGACCAGGGUGCAGCUUGGCCCGUAGCCGAUUCGGCUCUCACGCAAGAAAUCCUCGACCUCGUUCAACAAGCUGGUCAUGCUCGCCAGCUUAAGAAGGGAGCCAACGAGGUAACCAAGACUCUAAACAGAGGUGUCGCCGAGAUCGUCGUACUCGCUGCUGAUACUGUCCCCCUCGCGGUGGUCUUGCACCUACCGCUACUUUGCGAAGACAAGAAUGUGAUUUACUGCUACGUCCCUAGCAAGAUCGCACUCGGCAGAGCCUGCGGUGUCUCCCGCGCUGUCAUCGCCGCAUCGAUCACGACGAACGAGGCCAGCGAUCUUUCGGGCCAAAUCCGCAGCCUUAAGGAUAAGAUUGAACGCCUCAUGAUUUAAGAUACCCCAGAGUUAGGAAAACAGGAAUUCAGGGCGUUGUAUAGGAAGACGUACCAGAUGGGCUGAAUUAUAUUGGCAGGUGGCCCA